GGUCCAACCCAAAACCCGCCACCACGAAAACCACUCUUUCCCUCAUUUUUCCCUCCUUCCUCCCACCUGUUUCUGCCUGCACUGUCAAUUUACCGGCUAUUUGCGGUACGCUUCGCGUGGGAAGUAGAGGCCGCUAGCGAGACUGCCAAUGGCGGGGAUCAAAGCCACUGCGGAGAAGAAGGGCAAGAAGAGAAAGGAGGAGAAGGCCGAUGGGAUGGAGACGACGAAGAAGGCUAAAAAGAAUGUGACUAAAGGAGCGGAUGCCGAUAAGAAGGCGGAGGCAUUAUCUGCGCUGGCUGUGCCGCGCCAAGUACAGCUGAAGGCGAAGAAGGGAAAGGCUGCGGAGGACGCUGCGAAGGAUGCGAAGAAUGCUGCGAAGAAUGCGAAGAAAGCUGCGAAGGAAGUGAGCGAAACGAAGGAGGAGAUUAAGGAGAAGAAAGAGACGAAGGAAGUAAAGAAGGAGAAGGGGAAGAAGGGGAAAGAGACGAGGGAAGUUACGGAGACGGUAGAAACGAAGGAGACGAAGGAAGUAAAGAAGGGGAGAAAGGGGAAGGAGAGGAAGGUGGUGGUAGUGGAAAAGGUUGAGAAGAAGACGACCAAAGAAGUGGAGGCGGAGAGGAAGGGGAAGAAGGAGGCGGAGAAAGCAGCGAAGGAGGAGAAGAGUAAGGCAGUGACGGCCAAGGCGGUAGCUGCUGUGGGGACAGGCAAGACGGGGAAGAAAGAGGGGCUGAAGGGGAAGACGGGGAAGAAGGGGGGGGAGAAUGGGGAGGAAAAGGGGAAGGGUGGAAAGAAGGGGAAGAAGGGCAAAGUGCCUGUGAAGGAGGACAGCAGCGAUGAGGAGAUGCAGGACGCCAGUGAGGAGGAGAGUGAGGAGAGUGAGGAGGAGAGUGAGGAGGAGAGUGAGGAAGAGGUUACGGUGGUAAAAAAGGUGACGGCGAAAGAGGAGAGUAGCGAUGAGGAGAGUGAGGAGGAGGAGGAGAGUGAUGAGGAGGAGGAAAGUGAGGAGGAGGAGAGUGAGGAGGAGGAAGAAGACAAGAAGAUUGUGAAAGAGGGAAGCAGUGAGGAGGAGGAGAGUGAAGAAGAGGAGGAGGAGGAGGAGGAGGAGGAGAGUGAGGACGAGGAGGAAGAAAAGAAAGUAGAGAAAAAGGAGGUAAGCAGUGAGGAGGAGAGUAGUGAUGAAGAGGAGGAGGAGGAGAGUGAGGAGAAGGAGGUUGUGAAAAAGGGUGCAGCUAAGGAGGAGAGUAGUGAGGAGGAAGAGGAGAGUGAAGAGGAGGAGAGUGAGGAAGAGGAGGAGGAGGAGGAAGAAAAGAAAAUAGUGAAAAAGGAGGAAAGCAGUGAGGAAGAGAGUAGUGAUGAUGAGGAGGAGGAGGAGGAGGAGGAGGAGGAGGAGGAGGAGGAGGAGGAGGAGGAGGAGGAGGAGAGUGAGGAGGAGGAAAAGAAGAAGGUUGUGAAAAAGGGAGCAGCUAAGGAGGAGAGCAGUGAGGAGGAAGAGGAGGAGAGUGAGGAUGAGGAGGAAACGAAGAAAGUUGUGAAGGAGGAGGGAAGCAGUGAGGAAGAGAGUAGUGAUGAUGAUGAGGAGGAGGAGGAGGAGGAGGAGAGUGAGGAAGAGGAGGAAGAAAAGAAAGUAGAGAAAAAGGAGGUUAGCAGUGAGGAGGGGAGUAGUGAUGAGGAGGAGGAGGAGGAGGAGGAGAGUGAGGAGAAGGAGGUUGUGAAAAAGGGUGCAGCUAAGGAGGAGAGUAGUGAGGAGGAAGAGGAGAGUGAAGAGGAGGAGAGUGAGGAAGAGGAGGAGGAGGAGGAAGAAAAGAAAAUAGUGAAAAAGGAGGAAAGCAGUGAGGAAGAGAGUAGUGAUGAGGAGGAGGAGGAGGAGAGUGAGGAGGAGGAAAAGAAGAAGGUUGUGAAAAAGGGAGCAGCUAAGGAGGAGAGCAGUGAGGAAGAAGAGGAGGAGAGUAGUGAGGAGGAAGAGGAGGAGAGUGAGGAUGAGGAGGAAACGAAGAAAGUUGUGAAGGAGGAGGAAAGCAGUGAGGAAGAGAGUAGUGAUGAGGAGGAGGAGGAGGAGGAGGAGAGUGAGGAAGAAGAGGAAGAGAAGAAAGUAGUGAAGAAGGAGGAGAGUAGUGAGGAAGAGAGUGAUGAGGAGGAAAGUGAGGAGGAAAGUGAGGAGGAAAAGCAGAAAGUUGUGAAAAAUGUAGCAGCACAGGAGGAGAGUAGUGAGGAGGAAGAGGAGGAGAGUAGUGAGGAGGAAGAGGAGGAGAGCAGUGAGGACGAAGAGGAGGAGAGCAGUGAGGAGGAAGAGGAGGAGAGCAGUGAGAAGGAAGAGGAGGGGAGUAGUGAGGAGGAGGAGACAGCAAAAAAGGUAGCGGCUAAGAAGGAGCAGAAGCCGCAAGGGAAGGAGGAGGCCAAGACUCCAGAAGCUAAGGGGCAGCAGGCGCAGGCAGAGAACGGAUGGCAGACGGCACCUGGCAAGAUCACCGGCAACAAGCGGACCUUUGACAGCAUCUCGCCAGGAUCGGGCACCAAGCUGGGCAGCGCUGCUCGGGCCUUCCAGCGGGUGAAGGUGGAGGAGGUUCAAUUCAAGGACCCCCGCCUCAUGGAUAACUCCUACUGGGCCAAGAGUGGGGCUGGAAGUGGCUGGGGCGCCAAGGCACAGGAGAUUCUGGGCCAAGUCAGGGGCAGGGGGUUCCGGCACGAGAAGACCAAGAAGAAGAGGGGCAGCUACAGGGGCGGCGUUAUCGACCAGCAGAGCCAUUCGAUCAAGUUCGCUGACUCCGACGACGAGUGAUCAACGGUAUUGUGGAGCCUUGCAGAUGUGCCUUGGAGUAUUAGUUGGGACACAUAGAAGGGUGCUUACAGUGUGGCACUAUGGGUCUCACUCUGUCAGGUUUGCCAUUUUGGGUCUGGCCGUUCGGAUGGUGUUAGGCAUUGAUGGAGCAGUGAUGUGUGGUGGAGCUGGUAAGAUCAAUGCCUCCUCUCAGCAUAGUAGUGUCAAUGAAAGCAUGCACUCAAUAUCUAGGGGUCGUUUUGCAUCCAGUUUUGGGCAGCUCUAUAUAUGGUGCUCUUUGGUUGGACCUUGCGUGAAUGGGGAUUUUGUUAUUGUGUUGCACACUAUUGAUUUCCUUGAUU